GGCGGGGGGGCGGGACCUGGGACCGAGAGCGGUUCGCGCGCUUCGGGCCUAGUCCGGACUCGCCGCCGCCGCCGCCAUAUUCCCGGAUACCGCAGUGGCAGCUCGCUUGCUUCGUCGCGUCUCCGGGCUCGCGAUCUUUCUUCCGGAGCCAUGUCCGAAGGAGUGGACUUGAUUGAUAUAUACGCGGACGAGGAGUUCAAUCAGGACCCAGAGUUCAACAAUACAGAUCAGAUUGACCUGUAUGAUGACGUGUUGACAGCCACCUCACAGCCCUCCGAUGACAGAAGCAGCAGCACUGAGCCACCUCCUCCUGUUCGCCAGGAGCCGUCCCCCAAGCCCAAUAACAAGAGCCCUGCGAUCCUGUACACGUACAGCGGCCUGCGCAACCGACGAGCUGCUGUCUAUGUGGGCAGCUUCUCCUGGUGGACUACAGACCAGCAGCUGAUCCAGGUUAUUCGCUCUAUAGGCGUCUAUGAUGUGGUGGAGUUGAAAUUUGCAGAGAAUCGAGCAAAUGGCCAGUCCAAAGGGUACGCUGAGGUGGUGGUAGCCUCUGAAAACUCUGUCCACAAAUUGUUGGAACUCCUGCCGGGAAAAGUUCUUAAUGGAGAAAAAGUGGAUGUGAGGCCAGCCACCCGGCAGAACCUGUCACAGUUUGAAGCACAGGCUCGGAAACGUGAGUGCGUCCGAGUCCCAAGAGGGGGAAUACCUCCACGGGCCCAUUCCCGGGAUUCUAGUGAUUCUGCUGAUGGACGGGCCACACCCUCUGAGAACCUUGUACCCUCAUCUGCCCGUGUGGAUAAGCCCCCCAGUGUGCUGCCCUACUUCAAUCGCCCUCCUUCAGCCCUCCCCCUGAUGGGUCUUCCCCCACCCCCAAUUCCACCCCCACCUCCUCUCUCCUCAAGCUUUGGGGUCCCUCCUCCUCCUCCUGGCAUCCACUACCAGCAUCUCAUGCCGCCGCCUCCUCGAUUACCUCCUCAUCUGGCUGUACCUCCCCCUGGGGCCAUCCCACCUGCCCUUCACCUCAAUCCAGCCUUCUUCCCCCCACCAAGUGCUACAGUGGGGCCUCCGCCAGACACUUACAUGAAGGCCUCAGCGCCCUACAACCACCACGGCAGCCGAGACUCGGGCCCUCCGCCCUCCACAGUGAGCGAGGCAGAGUUUGAAGAGAUCAUGAAGCGGAAUAGAGCAAUUUCCAGCAGCGCCAUCUCCAAAGCGGUGUCUGGAGCCAGUGCAGGGGAUUACAGUGACGCGAUUGAGACGCUGCUCACAGCCAUUGCUGUUAUCAAACAGUCCCGGGUCGCCAAUGAUGAGCGUUGCCGUGUCCUCAUCUCCUCUCUUAAGGACUGUCUUCAUGGCAUUGAAGCCAAGUCCUACAGUGUGGGUGCCAGCGGGAGCUCGUCCAGGAAAAGACAUCGGUCCCGAGAGAGGUCACCUAGCCGGUCCCGGGAGAGCAGCCGGAGGCAUCGGGACCUGCUUCACAAUGAAGAUCGACAUGAUGAUUAUUUCCAAGAAAGGAACCGGGAGCACGAGCGGCACCGGGAUCGGGAGCGGGACCGGCACCACUGAGACAGGAGUCUGGUUGGAAGCAAAUGUUUUUUUAAUGGACUUGCAUCUCCUCACCUUGAUCAGGACUAAAGGACGGAGGCCACUCCACCCCUCCCUCUCCCUCCAAGCCCCUAACCCCUUCUAACACCCAGAGAGCACCCUCUGCCCUACAGGAUUGAAGGCUGCCCGGCAGCCCUCCCAACCCCACCCCUCCUGUGUGUCAGGGGAGUGAACGAACCGAAAGACUUUGUGCGGUUGGGAGGGGUGGCAGACAGGAAGAAACCGUGUCCAGGCCCCUGGUCUCCAGAGAGAAUGGUGCUUUGUCCCAGGAAACGUAUGAGUAGUUCGGUGGCGAGACUGAUGGGAAGACUUUCUUCCCAAAGAAAAUGGAUCCUCCGUGCAGGAUCUAGGAGAGUGACUGGGUGCGCCAAAAUAUGCCCAGGGGCCUGCCCUCAGCACUAGGUGUGAUGGGGCCAAGAGGGUCCAAACCCCUUGCCAACAUACCACUUCUUUUUUUAACUCCUUUACCUUCCCAGCCCUUUGAGAGGGACCCUGAGAACAGAAAUUCCCUUAUGAAAAGCUUCUCCUGUUCUUGCUUUUCCCUCUUACCUAUUGACGGUUUCCCUGACCUCCCAGAGGGCUGAACCUUUCCAGCUCCCUGCUGCGCAGCCGCCUCAGCGGACUUGCCCUCCGAAGCCGAGAAGGCCCGAGGUUGCUCUCUGCCGGGGAGCCUGGCAGCGCCACUUACCACCCUCUGCUGCUUCGUGCUUGGUUGCCUCUUGCAAUAACCAGCCGCACUAGGAGUUCCCUUUCCUGGGGCUUUUCCAUUUCACACGUGGAGCCCCUCCCCCAAGAAGGCUGCUUCCUUGUUUUAGAGGAAGAUACUGCCGCUGGGAGACGGGGACACGGAGCCUCAGCACUGAAGAACCCUUGUGAAGUACCAGGAGGAGUGGGGGGGGGCAGGCUGGGCAGGGGGGGCCUGCUGCGCUAGGCUUUUCUUUUUUCAGGUUCAAUGUGAGCGUGGGCUCACAUCCUCCAGGUACAUACUUUUUCUUAUUGUGGGAUAACCUGGCACUAGUAGGCAGGUAAAGUCACAAAUGUGGUGUCUUUCCACCUUUUGACUCUUGACUUGAUAGCUCCCCUCGCUCUUCGUGGAGGUACUUACUGUCUCUGAUGGGGAGCAAGGAAGAAUGAAUGAGUUCAGCUCCGAGUUCUGAGGACCACCACUCUGGGGGCCAUUUUCUACACAGGCAGAUGGAAUUGCUUUUCCCAUUAACAUCUAAGUUGUGGUGUGCUUCCUGCCGAAGGCAGAAGCGGCAUUGGGGUCCUGCGGUGCCCGUGGGGCGAUGGAUGUGGCCUCUGCAUGCGGUACAGGGCACGUGACAUCUAACAUGAGAAGAGACGUGGCGUGGGACAUAAGACUUGGCAUGUGAGAUGUAGGGUCACUGGAGACCCUUCUGGCUCAGAGAGGAGAGACUGAGUGGGACUGAACCCUUCCUCUGUCCCCUGCACGUUUCUGACAUAGCCCUCGAUCAGUCCGUGAGGGGGUCUCCCCAGGGUUGGAGAGGCACAUUCCCUUGGGACAGAGGCUACGGGUUUGUAGCUUCUGUCCCCCCUGUCCCCCAACCCCAUCCCCACCUCGACUUCAGAACACCGCCCCCCGCCCAACUGGCCAAGUGUUAAGUGAUGUGCUUAUCCUCAAGAGCAGCUCCGGGUGUCUUUUUAAAAUGUAGAGAAAACCAAGUAAGGUGACAGUUUAAGGAAGAAAAUAAAUAGAAUACCAGAAAAGCCGUUUACCCGGAGAAUUUUUCUCCCCAUUUUUGUUUUGUUUUUACUCAAUGACACACAUUUUAGUUUUAUUUCCUGAUAGCAAAAGGAAAAAAAAAAAAACCCAGCCCUCAAAAAGGCCAAGGCCCCGUCCCCCUGUUGUCGGUGAUUUGUUUGUCUUUCUGAUAGGUUGAAAAUUGUGUAAUAAACUUGAUGACGCUGUCAAUCUUUUAUACUGCAUUGUAUUUUUUUCCUUUUGUAACAAAAUAUUUUUAAAUAAUAAAUGGGGUGUGAGCCGUU